AUGAAGUUCUCCAUCGCUGCAAUUGCUCUCUUCACCCUCAGCGCUGUUGCGCUUCCAGCAACAGUUGUUCGCCGUGGCGCCAGCGCUGCUACCGUCAGUCUCAUCGGUGAAGUUGAGGGCUUCCGCGCCGACUUCUACGAUAUGAUGGGCCACAAGACCAUUGGCUACGGUCACGAUUGUGUCGCGAAACAGGACUGCGACAGCAUCAAGGCGCCGAUCAGCAAUGCUCAAGGUGAUGAGAUCUUACAAAAGGAUCUGGCCGGCUUUGAGCAGUGUGUAUGCGCACUGCCAAAUGCCAAGGCUCUCAACGCCAAUCAGUAUGGCGCCCUUGUCAGCUAUGCGUUUAACACUGGCUGUGGUGGUUUGCAGCAGGCGUGGACCGCAGCGAUGACAAGCAAGAAUUUCGACAGCAUCUGCGCGGAUCUCCCUCAUACCAAUACCCUCAAUGGAGUCUUGGACAACCGUCGUAAGAAGGAGGCUGCGUUAUGCUCCACUCCUACCACGCAGAUGUGUGGAUGCUAG